UCACGAAGUAAGAGAUCGUGGAAGAGGUUAAGAGUUCCAAAAAAUUAAAAAAGCGGACUCCCUCCCAAUUAGGGGUCACGAAUCAGGACCACUUUUUCAGCUUGCGUUCUAUUAAGUUCGGUCUCCUUCUCUCUUACUUCGUGGAAGAUACAAAUAGUAGUGUUUAUGGCACGCUCUUUUAUGCAAUUACAAUGAAUACGAAGGAAAAGGAAAAAUACAUCGAAGAAUUCGAUUUUCCAUAUUGCGACGAAUCCUCCAAAUAUGAAAAAGUUGCGAAAAUUGGCCAAGGAACUUUCGGCGAGGUAUUUAAGGCUAAAGACAAGAAAACAAACAAAAAGUUUGUCGCAAUGAAGAAGGUACUAAUGGACAAUGAGAAAGAAGGAUUUCCCAUUACGGCAUUGCGUGAAAUAAAGAUAUUACAAUUGCUGAAACAUGAGAAUGUAGUCAACCUUAUAGAGAUUUGUAGGACACGAGCAACACAAUAUAAUCGAUACCGAUCUACUUUUUACCUGAUAUUUGAUUUCUGUGAACAUGACUUGGCUGGUUUGUUGUCAAAUGUAAAUGUCAAAUUUAGUUUAGGAGAAAUAAAAAAAGUUAUGCAGCAGUUACUAAAUGGUCUGUACUAUAUACACAGUAAUAAGAUUUUACAUAGAGAUAUGAAAGCUGCUAAUGUUUUAAUAACAAAAAAUGGCGUAUUAAAAUUAGCUGACUUUGGUUUGGCACGAGCAUUCAGUGCAAAAAACGGCCAUUCGAAUCGUUAUACCAAUAGAGUCGUCACUCUUUGGUACCGACCACCAGAGCUUCUACUUGGUGACAGAAAUUAUGGACCACCAGUGGAUUUAUGGGGUGCUGGUUGUAUAAUGGCAGAAAUGUGGACAAGGUCUCCUAUUAUGCAAGGAAGUACCGAACAACAACAGUUAAUAUUAAUUUCACAAUUGUGUGGCUCAAUAACGACCGAGGUGUGGCCUGGCGUUGAAAAUUUGGAUCUAUUUACCAAAAUGGAUCUUCCUAAGGGACAGAAAAGAAAGGUCAAAGAUAGACUGAAGCCAUAUUUGAAGGAUCCUUAUGCCUGUGACUUGUUGGACAAGCUUCUAAUACUCGAUCCUAGCAAGAGAUGUGACUCUGAUUCUGCGUUGAAUCAUGAUUUUUUCUGGACUGAUCCUAUGCCAUGCGAUCUUAGCAAGAUGCUGGCGCAGCAUACUCAGAGCAUGUUCGAAUAUCUGGCACCACCGAGACGACCUGGUCAUAUGCGUCAUCCGCAUCAUCAAGUACCUGGAGGACCAGCCAAACCUAGUUCCAGUAUGGCUGACAGUGGCUAUCAGGAUCGCGUCUUUUAACAUAUUCAUUUCUAUUCAUAUGUAAUAAGUCUGUAUAUACAGGGUGUCUGGAAUUGAAAUGUUAAAAUUUCGGGAGGUGUAAGGGACUGAUAAACUAAGAAAAUAAGUAGAAAUAUACUCGUUUUGGAGAAAAUCGCGAAAAAGACAAAAUUGCUUUGUUUUUGGACGUAAAGGAGUAGUGUCUUGACUAUCUCGAUUACCUUAUCUGACAUCACUGGACUUCUUUAUAUAGAGAGUCCUAAAGCAGGAAAUUUAGUUGUCAAUCAAUUCAAGAGAGCAAUUGAGAAAUCAAAUCGAAGCUGCAGUGCACGAAAUAUUAUCAGAUCAGUGUUUGGUUACAACUCGAGCAGUCCAUACUGAUGAUAAACUUGCAUUCCUUCAUAAAAGGCCAAUAUUUUAAACAAUAUCUACAUUAAACAAGUGAAUCAAUACAACAUGAAUAAGUGUAAUAAAGAAAAAGUACAAAAACGAUAACUACAUUUUGUCUCUUUUAUGAUUUUCUCCAAAACGAAGUAAAAACGAAUAUAUCUUUACAAGACUUUUUUUCUUAGUUUAUCAAUCUUGUACACACUCCCAAAGUUUUGACAUUUUAAUUCCGGACAUCCUGUAUAUACUCAGGGUGAGACAUCUAAAACAGAUCACCUAACUCGCUUGUUUUCGAUAAAAAAGUUUUAGAUAAAAGUGGAACGGUUUUGUGGGACAUGUGUUUUAGAUGUCUCGCCCUAUAUAUAUGUAUAAAAUAUAUGUAUAUAUAUGUAUGUAUGUACGUACGCGUGUAAUAUGAGGAAC